UUUUUAACUUGGUCUUAUAACACUUUGUCAAAUCUUCUUCAACGCCUCUCUUUCUCUCUCUCCGCCCAUAGAAGAAAGAAAAAUUUGAACAGAGCUUUCUCUCUCUCUCUCUCUCUGCAUCGCUUAGGGUUAUUUUCUUCCCAAUCGGAUCUGAUUGUAUUUUCAAAUCGCAGAUCUCUAAUCUAAUCGUUUUCCUCUGAUUCGAAGAAAGUGAAAACGAGUUUGCUGCUUUCAUGUUUGAAUCUCCACAUUAGUUGGUUUCUAUCAGAUCUCUCAAGUUGGCUCCUCAAAGAAGAUCGCAGCGCCACAUGGGCGGCCAUAUGCAGCAGAGCAACGCUGCGGCCGCGACGGCGCUUUACGAUGCGGCGGGACCCGCGAAUGACGCUGGAGAUGCUGUGAUGGCACGGUGGCUACAAUCCGCUGGAUUGCAGCAUCUCGGGUCUCCCGUUGCUUCCACAGGCAAUAAUGAUCAGCGUCAUCUUCCUAACCUUCUCAUGCAGGGUUAUGGAGCGCAGACUGCUGAAGAGAAGCAGAGACUGUUCAAUUUAAUGAGAAAUCUUAAUUUUAACGGGGAGUCGACUUCCGAAUCGUAUACACCGACUUAUCAGGCAUCAGCAGCUAUGCCUUCCUCGGAAGGAUUUUUUUCACCCGAGUUCAGAGGUGAUUUUGGAGCUGGAUUAAUGGAUCUUCAUGCAAUGGAUGAUACAGAGCUGCUAUCUGAGCAUGUGAUCACCGAACCCUUUGAGCCGUCACCUUUCAUGCCUAGUGUGAAUAAAGAAUUUGAAGAAGAUUUUAAUUUGCCAGCUAAUCGUCAACAACGGCAACAAACAGAUGCUGAACCUUUGGGCUCAUUGCCUAAGAGUGAAAAAGAAAAUACCAGUGUAGCCAAGAUUAAAGUAGUGGUAAGGAAAAGACCCCUAAAUAAGAAAGAAAUAGCUAGAAAGGAGGAGGAUGUCGUGACCGUGUCUGAUAAUUCUUUGACUGUCCAUGAGCCCAAGCUGAAGGUGGAUUUGACAGCUUAUGUGGAAAAUCAUGAGUUCUGCUUUGAUGCUGUUCUAGAUGAGGAUGUUUCAAAUGAUGAGGUGUACCGGGCCACGAUUGAGCCGAUAAUUCCCAUUAUUUUCCAAAGAACAAAGGCUACAUGUUUUGCAUAUGGUCAAACAGGUAGUGGUAAGACAUACACAAUGAAACCACUACCCAUACGAGCUGUUGAAGAUCUAAUGAGGUUGUUGCGUCAACCAGUAUAUAGCAAUCAGAGGUUUAAAUUGUGGCUCAGCUAUUUUGAGAUAUAUGGUGGAAAGCUGUUUGAUCUUCUCAGUGAGAGAAAGAAACUUUGCAUGCGAGAAGAUGGUAGACAACAAGUUUGCAUUGUUGGCCUGCAAGAGUAUGAAGUUUCAGAUGUUCAAAUUGUAAAGGACUUCAUCGAGAAAGGAAAUGCUGAAAGGAGCACUGGGUCUACUGGAGCAAAUGAGGAAUCUUCUAGAUCACAUGCUAUCUUACAGCUUGUUGUAAAGAAGCAUGUUGAGGUAAAAGAAACUAGACGCAAAAACAAUGAUGCCAAGGAAUUGCCUGGGAAAGUUGUUGGGAAGAUUUCUUUCAUUGACCUUGCUGGCAGUGAAAGAGGUGCAGACACCACAGACAAUGACCGCCAAACAAGGAUUGAAGGAGCGGAAAUCAAUAAGAGUCUCUUGGCUCUUAAGGAAUGUAUACGUGCACUGGACAAUGACCAACUACAUAUACCAUUCCGUGGAAGCAAACUAACCGAAGUGCUCCGUGACUCGUUCGUUGGAAACUCAAGAACGGUGAUGAUAUCAUGCAUCUCUCCGAGUGUAGGAUCGUGUGAACAUACCCUCAAUACACUAAGAUAUGCUGAUCGGGUCAAAAGUCUAUCGAAAAGUGGGAACAGCAAGAAAGAUCAAACUGCCAAUUCAAUGCCUCCGGUUAACAAGGAAGCUUUGCUAGCCUCAAACGAUGUGGAAGAUAUCUUUGAGCCUCCACAGGAAGUGAAUGUACAAGAAACAGGGAGGAGGAUCGAGAAAGAAAGCUACGCUACUUCGAGUACUGACUUCAGACAACCUACAAGUUUUCGAGAGGAAAGUGGAAUCCCAUCAAUCUCAAUGGACAAAGGGAGAUCAGAGACGAACAACAAUUCUUUUGGUGGCUCCGCUAGUCAGAGGAACCACUUGUCUUCGUAUCCCCAAGAGACUUCAGACCGUGAAGAGAAAGUGAAGAAAGUGUCACCACCUCGUGGGAAAGGGUUGCGGGAAGAAAAGCCAGACAGAACACAAAACUUGUCUAAAAGAGAUGCCAGGUCAUCGGAUAUACCUACCUUGACAAGCUUUAGACAGAACACAAGCGAAGCUGCUUCAAGGCAGUAUGAAACUGAUACUUCGCUUGAUGAAAACAUUGACGCACUGCUGAAGGAAGAAGAAGCUCUGAUUGCAGCACACAGAAAAGAAAUAGAGGAUACAAUGGAGAUUGUUCGCGAGGAAAUGAAGCUUCUAGCGGAGGUAGACCAACCAGGAAGCAUGAUAGAAAACUACGUAACGCAACUGAGCUUUGUCUUGUCACGGAAAGCAGCGGGGCUUGUCAGUCUCCAAGCGAGGCUAGCUCGGUUCCAACACCGUCUCAAGGAACAAGAGAUACUGAGCCGUAAGAGAGUUCCUCCUCGGUAGUUGGUAGAAGAAAGGAAACUACAGAACGACUUUUGUGUGUGGUGUUGUCAAGUGUGAAAGUUUGCUUGGGACACAAUGAAGAAAGAAAUUGAAAUUUUAGUUUCAGUUUCUGCAAAAAAAUAUGGUGAUCUCUUCUUGAAUCAUGUUUGUGAAUUUAUUUCACUUUAUUUUUUUAAAUCUAUUAUAAAAUUAUACCUUUUGUGUUUCUUAUUUUUCUCUAACUAUCCUUUCUAAAAGUGAGCACAACA